AUGACACGACCAAAGGUACCCGAAGUACGAAUCGUCGAAGUCGGCCCUAGGGACGGGCUGCAAAGUAUCAAAGAUGCUGUUCCGACAGAAACAAAGACCGAGCUGAUUCAACGACUUUGGCGAGCUGGUCUUCGGAGUAUUGAACUUACCUCGAUUGUCUCUACGCGGAAAGUACCGCAACUGGCAGACUGUCAGGAGAUUCUGAAUAAUCCUGCAAUAAGAAGUCUUACAGAAGAUUCGGAGGCCAGUGGUCUUCGUUUACCGGUACUCACUCCUAAUCUGAAAGGGUUGGAUAUUGCGUUGUCACGAGGCGUCAAAGAAGUAGCUGUCUUCAUCAGCGCGACAGAGGGGUUUAGUCAGGCGAAUAUCAACUGCUCUGUUGAGCAGGGGGUUGAAAAGGCGCGAGCUGUUGCUCAGAAGGCUAUUGAAGCUGGUAUUGCUGUGAGAGGCUAUGUAUCAUGCAUCUUCGUAGAUCCAUAUGAUGGUCCAACCAAUCCAUCCAGCGUCUUGCGCUGUGUGCAAGAACUGCUGCAAAUGGGCUGCUAUGAAGUAAGUUUGGGCGAUACAACAGGCGCCGGCACACCUGCCAAAGUGGCCACUCUGAUCAGGUAUCUCGAGAAAAACGGCGUGUCUCUCAGAAACCUAGCGGGCCAUUUUCAUGAUACCUAUGGCCAAGCUGUGGCAAAUGUACUGCAGGCUUAUAUUUGUGGUAUCAGGGUUUUUGAUGCUAGUGUCGGUGGUCUUGGAGGAUGUCCAUUCGCUCCUGGCGCGAAAGGGAAUGUGUCGACGGAGGAAGUGGUUUUUAUGUUUCAGAAUGCAGGUAUUCAGACCGGGGUAAAUCUGGAAGAAUUGGUUGCAACGGGCAAUUGGAUAAAUCAGCAAGUCAGAGGUUCUUCAGAAAGCGUCCAGAGCGACUUUUCCUUGGCUACUGUCGACUCCAUCCAAGAGAAAUCACAACCCCGAGAAAAGGAGUUACAGCUUCCGGGUUUCCAUCAAUUGUCUAUAAAAUAUAUGAAGGCAUCUCUGAAACGAGUUAAACAUGUCGAGAAGAUCCACUUUUUACAGAGCGAAACUGGCGAUUUGAAGAUCACCUUGAAUCGACCGAAUAAGGGUAACAUGCUGACCAGAUCCAUGCUCACCAGCUUGAUCAAAUGUUUCAAAGCUUACCACCACAACCCUUCUGUUUCACGAGUUGUCAUAACGGGGACCGGAUCAUAUUUCUGCACCGGCGUUGGGAUGAAAAGAGGGCGUUUUGAGAACGCUAGCAGCGCAGCAGAAAGAAAUUCCUCCUUCGAUCUUCUGAUACAACUCUUCGAGAUAAUAGACGAAUACCCCAAACCAGUCAUCGCAUGUCUAAACGGACAUGCCUGCGGCGCCGGCGUAGCACUAGCAUUUGCCUGCGACGAGCGAAUCAUAAUUCAAACGGCAACCAUCAACCUCAGCCCAACGAAGGAGAAACCCUUUCUGGCAGGUUUGAUCAAUCGAUAUUUUUCUUCUUCUGCAAUGACAAGAGAAGAAGAAGAAGAGUGGCCCAGGAAGCAGUCUUCUCGUUCCAUAACUGGCUCGGAGCUGCAGAUCCUAGGAUUAGUCACGGAGGUUGCCGAUGGCCACAAGGAUAUGCAACUGAAAUUGGAGAGCUAUCUGUGUGUCAAGGAGUUAUCUGGCAGAAGAUUCGGAUCGUUGACGAAGUUAUGA